CAGAAUCGACAGCAAUAAUCUAAGCGGUACACUGCGGCCGCUGGCGUCGAUGAAGCGGCUGCAGACACUGAUGUUUGGAUACAACCAGGUGGGAGUUGACCUGACGCAGAUGUAGCAGUCGAACUUUCAAUACAUCUUUCAACCGUUGCCUGUUGCCCAGUUGGAAGGCCCACUGCCCGCCGAGCUCGGCGGCUUCACUGAGCUGCAGGAAAUUCGUGGGGCGGUCAACAGGUCGGCUUAGCCAGGCAUCAGGUGGACACGUGCUCUGUACACUUUGUGUGUAUCUAUGCCUUCAGAUUGACCGCUCUGCCGCCCUCCAUCGACGGCUGGAAGAAAGUUUCUUUCAUCGAUUUACGCAGCAACGCCAUUCAAGGCCGCCUCCCUCCGUUUGGCCAGGCAUCAGCUCUUCGGGAGCUGUAUCUGGCCGACAACCAGAUCGAAGGCUUCACAGACAACGGAACCAUGCCAGAAGGGUAUGCAGACGGACAGAGAAUGACACGGACUGUGCAUGUUGUCCUACCUUCAUGCUCUCACCUGCAGGCUGGUGACGUUGAACAUGGAGUUCAAUCGCCUGACGUCAGUCCCAGAAGGGUGGAACAGCAUGCCUGCGUUGGAGGAGAUACUCCUCAAGGGCAAUCAGCUCAGCGGAUGGCCGACAUGGGGGAGGACUUCAGCGCGAUUUUGUCAGGCGAAUGCUCGCAGUACGUGUGUUUGUAUUUCUCAUUUUCCUUUGAGCUGCAUCGCUUGUCACUUGCUUUGUAUUUGUUGGGCAGUCACGCCGCACAUCACCCUGUAUCUGCUGGCACUGCCGGCGCCUCCCUACUGGCCGGUCAUCCAACGGGUGGGUGGGCACCGCACCGAAGGGCACUCAGCAACGUCACUGCCAUUAUGUGAGCUGCUGACAUAUAUCGAUUUUGCAGGCUGACUUCUCGGGCAAUCCUUUGGGCGUUGAAGUCCGAAACUUUAUGCAGACGUUCCGGGAGCUCAACACGUCAGGAAACACUCACCGUCGGGUGUGAUGUGGGAGAUGUGCUUCUUGUCUGUGUAGGUUGAUGACCUUGAGCUGCGCUGGCUGUGGUCUCACGGGGCGCCUGGACUGGUAAAGGGGGUCGAGGCACACACACAUAUUGACCCGUUCACUAUUCCCCUUUUCCGCUCAGCGACUCGGUGACAUUCUAUGACCGCAGUAGUCUGUCGAGAUAUGGCAACACAGAGUUUACUGAAAGAUCCGUGGUAACGAGAUAUGCACACAGACAGACUGUGUCCAGCCCUACAUUACCCGCUCCUUGUGUUUAUGUGUGCAGGCCGCCUACCCGACUCUGCGCCCGGGGUUCGUUUCUCUGACGCGGCUCCUCCUCAGCCACAACUCGAUUGUCGCCCUGGAUGAGUUGCGGCUGAGGAAGCUGGCGCGUGCUGACCUCUCGUCAAACGCUCUCGAGAGCGUCCGCGGUGAUUGGCUUGCGGGCCUGGACGUCAGAAUCGAUGGCAACCCAAAUCUCAGAAUCGACCGUAUCGAUGACAGCCUGGACAUACAGGUGGGUCAGGCGGAUCAGGCCGGUCGAAGGCCCAUGACAUGAGGUCCCACCGUGUCUGGGUGUCUACUCUGUUUUGCCUGCAGAGCUGUGAGGACGUGUUGAGCCUCAAGAACGUCUCCGCUGACACACUGGUGCCAAACCAUGCUGGUGAGGGAACACAUUCACGGAGAGCCUAAUGUGUCUGUCUUUGUGUGCAGCGUAUGUUCCCCAGAGAGACCCGAAAGGCCUAUCGAACUCAACUUAUGAGUGCACCACCCUCUGCAACACUUGGAUAAUGGUCGACUUCAGCGUGGCUGAGGAGAAGCUCUGCCGCUGUCUGCCUGGCUACAGCGGCACGGGCAAGGCCUGCACCAUGUGCCCAGCGGGCACCCACAGCAACAGACAGGUCGGCACACAAUCGUGCCAGCGAUGCUUCGAUGACGCAGGUCGGCGCCGACACGAACAGACUCCCAAUCUGCGUUAUGUUGGUCUACGAGUAUGGUUGGCAGGUUCUGAGGAGGGCUCGGCUGCCUGUUUCUGCCGUCUUGGCUACGAGAAGAGGGGCAACGAGCCCUGCGAGCCGUGCACGGCGGGAUCUGUCGGUGUGCGCAACGCCGGCAGUGACGGAAGUCGCAGCAGGUGGAUCUGCCAGGACUGUCAGGAGGGAUUGGACUGCACCGUCCCCAUCAACUACAACGCGAGUGUGCUGCCAAGGUUCUUCCAACUCACUGCCCGCCUGCAGUCGGCCGGCGCAUCCCCCAGUGCCACACGAGAAGUGACGACGUAAGAACCAAAACUGAGGGGCAAAUAGGCAUUUGCCAUGGUGCCGUCUGCGCUUUCAGGUAUGGCGCCGGUUUGACUGAGCUGCCCAUAGUCAUACCGUGCCCGUUGCCGGCGUCGUGCAGAGGCACUGACAAAACAUCUGGACUCAACAUAUGCUCGGUGAGAGCCAACAGAUGUCCUUUCACCCAGGCCGUCGCCACUGUGACAUGUCUCUGCAUCGUCUGUGUGCCAGGAGGGCCAUGAGGGCUUUGUGUGUAAUCUGUGCAAAAGGGGCUUCUCGCGCCAGACGCCCCAGCAACCGUGCGCCCCAUGUGCGGCCCUUUGGCAGAUCGUCGUGGUGAACGUGUUGCUUGUCGUUGCCACUCUGCUGGCCAUCUUCAUUCUGACGGCACUCGCUGAACGGUGGGCUGGUCUGAGGCGCAUAGUCAUCUGCCAACUCGUCUGUCUGCAUGUCUGUGUUCUCUUCGUUUGCGCGUGGCGUCACACAUUCAGCGCCGCGGCCACACAAAGGGCCGAGGUCCCCUCCCAACUGACCAAAAUCGGACUGUCGCACAUCACCGCCGUACGCAAUGCACUCACAUCGCUCGCAGGACGUCUCUCCCACAGCUGUGUGCGCAUGUAUGUGUGUGCAGGUAUGUGGGCUGGCCUUUCUCGUGUUCGACGAGUCCCUCUGGGGCGAUCAGAUAUCCUCGCUGGUCGGCAGCUUCUUCGGAUGGAGUGGCGGUGUUCCGCAAAGUUAUCAAGUGUGGGAGCGUUUGAUGAGGCCAUACGUGGGCGACAAAUGCGUGCUGUAUCGCCACGCCAUAUGGUUGGGGCUACCACUGAUCUGGCUCACUGCUGUGCCCCUCAUUGGUAGCGACAGAUGCACUCAACCAGAGAAGCGAUCCACUGUGGUCAUUUCUCCUUCCUGUGGUGUCAUUGAGUGCAGCGAGUGGGUUUGACAAAGUGCGCGAGGCGCUCAAGUCGAAGCGGCGCAUCGGCACCGACGAUUCAUUCGCCACCGACACCUACCUCCGAGCCCUCUCAGCGCCGCCAUCGGUCACCAACGGAAAGGCACACAAGGCCGCCGUAGAGGGUCCUUACCAGCGAGCAGUCACAUUCCAGGAGUCGGCAACCGAGCCAGAGACGCCCCAUUCGUGCCAACACUCCCUGGCGGAGCCCCGCAAGAGCGGCCGAUGGCGGCAGUGGCUCGACGACCGCGGCACCAUGAUGGUCGUGAUUCUCACGUUCAUUCACCCCACCGUCACCAAGAGUAUGCUGGCCCUCCUGCGCUGCCGAUGGUAUCCCUAUGUGCCCGAUGUGAUCCCUAUCGCGACCGGCGAGGGUGUCAGUCGGCUGCCUUUUGACCCGAGGGACCACCCAAGGCCCCGGAUGGACCUCGAUCCACACGUCAUCUGCCGGUCGGCCGAACAUGCGCCGUUCCUCUGGACCGCUGUGGCUGGUCUGCUGCUGUGGACCUUCGCCCCU